UCUUAGGCAGGGCCCUGCAUCUGUUGCAAGUAGUAGAAGCUCUCCUUACCUGUGAGUUCCAGCAGACUGUCACCAGGGACCUAAGAACCAACCUCUCCUGCUGUUUCCUGAGCCCUGUUCUUCUUUGCCAUCAGCUCCCCACUGCUCAAUGGCAGCACUCACGGACCUCUCUUUUAUGUAUCGCUGGUUCAAGAAUUGCAAUCUUGUUCGCAACCUCUCAGAGAAGUAUGUCUUCAUCACCGGCUGUGACUCGGGCUUUGGGAACCUGUUGGCCAGACAGCUGGUUGAUCGGGGUAUGCGAGUGCUGGCUGCUUGCCUCACUGAGGAGGGAGCCCAGAAACUUCAACAGGAUACCUCCUACCAACUGCAGACCAUCCUACUGGAUGUCACCAAGACUGAGAGCAUCAAGGCAGCAGCCCAGUGGGUGAGGGACCAAGUGGGCGAGCAAGGCCUCUGGGCACUGGUGAAUAAUGCUGGUGUGGGCCUGCCCAGUGGUCCCAACGAAUGGCUGACCAAGGAAGACUUUGUGAAGGUGAUCAACGUGAACCUGGUGGGACUGAUCGACGUGACCCUCCACAUGCUACCUAUGGUCAAGAAAGCCCGAGGCAGGGUGGUCAACAUGUCCAGCUCUGGUGGUCGUGUAGCGGUCAUUGGUGGUGGUUACUGUGUCUCCAAGUUUGGUGUUGAAGCCUUCUCUGACAGCAUCAGGCGUGAACUCCACUACUUUGGGGUGAAGGUCAGCAUCAUUGAGCCAGGGAACUACCGGACAUCCAUUCUGGGAAAGGAGGGUUUAGAGAUACGCAUGCAAAAGCUGUGGGAACGGCUUCCUCCAGAGACCCGGGAUAGCUACGGAGAAGAAUACUUCCGCAUCUAUACCAACAAGUUGAAAAACAUGAUGCAGCUGGCAGAGCCAAGAAUCAAGGAUGUCACCAACAGCAUGGAGCACGCCAUCGUUUCCCGGAGCCCCCGCGUCCGCUACAACCCCGGCCUGGAUGCCAAACUCCUCUACCUCCCCCUGGCUAAGUUUCCCACCUCUGUGACAGAUUUCAUCCUGAGCCGGCACUUUCCAAGGCCAGCAGACAGUGUUUGAGCUGGGGAGGCUCAGAAGGUGGCCUAAAGGAGGGGGUGGGAUAAAGGACUGUGAAGUCACAGGCGGUGAUAUCAGACAUCCUGGGGGAAUCAUCCACUAUGGACACCUUGCUAGGUUGACACUCACUGCUAGCAAAUCUACCAGUGACUUCCAACAGAAGAUGACUGCCUCUUCCCAAUCACUGGGGGCCCCAGACACUUGAGGUGGCCUUUAGAGAUCUACAGCAUGACCUCAAGGGUAUGCAUCACCCAGGCAGGAGACAAGUUUUUCUAGAUCUGAAAAAAUCAAGCAGGGAAAAACUGGCUCCUGCUGAAUCACAAACCGUCACCGCCUCCGGGAAAUACCAUGGGAUAAUCUAACCCGUGGGGGAAUCUCGGCCACCUUCCUGUGGUCUCUGACUCUGUGCUAGCCUUAUCCACAUAACCCAUUACUGAUGGGUGCAGUAGGGCAGCCAGGAAGUGUGGAAGUAUAUCCUAUAAAAGUUUAAAAUAGUUUUUCUUUCUCUAAAUUUCUCUAUUGGUAGGUGAUUGGGAUACACAUGAAAUAACAUUCAUGUAUUUAAUAGCCGUUGAUUAAUUCUUCAAAUAUUUAUUGAGUUCCUACUACAUACCAGGCACUGGUAUGUGAAGAUGCUGGGGAGGGGGCUAUGAAAAUGAUGAAAUCAUGGUCUUGGUUUUUUAUUGUCUAUUUUGUGUUUUGUUUCAGCAUGAUGUCUUGUAGCAGAGACCAGAAAGUGAGAGAAAGUAUAGAAAUCAGAAAACAAAUAUUUAUAGGGACCCUGGGGAUCAUUGUGCUGUACAAACUUAGUUGUACAUGAUAAUUACCCAAUUAUUCCUGGGCUCCAAUGUCAGAAAAUAUGAUCCAGAAGACUCAGGAAAGGGCUCAGAAAUAUAUCUGUAGGGCUGGGGAUGUGGCUCAAGCGGUGGCGCGCUCGCCUGGCAUGCGUGCAGCCCGGGUUCGAUCCUCAGCACCACAUACAAACAAAGACCUUGUGUCUGCAGAGAACUAAAAAAAAUAAAAAUAAAAAAAGAAAUAUAUCUAUAGCAAGGACCUAGAUGAUUCUGAGACACUUGGGAGGCAGUGGUGGUUCCUUAGGAAGGUAACUAGUGCUCAGACGGGGAAAUGAUUUCCCAAGUCCCUAACUUAGUGCUAAGACAGAGAUAAAACUCAGAUUCAGAUUCCCAGUUCAGGGAUUUAUUUAUUUUUAUUUUUUGUUACAAUAGAAUCAAUCUCUGAAAUUAGCAUCAUCAUCAAAUAAGUAAUGGAACUAAAUUUUUUUAAAAAGCCUUUAACUGCUGAGUCAUAUGAAGGUGUGUUGAAAAGCCUUUUCUGAAUUUGAUGAAUGGUCAGAUAAUAAAGGUCAAAUGUGAUAUUUUAUUUUUAAAAAGUCUUCAACUUGUGUCUCUUCAACAUCUGACUGAACUUGAAAAUAAUAAAGUGUGACUUAAUUAUA